AUAUUUUCUAAGCAAAAACAAAUAUCAAAGCAAUCAUUAUGCAGUAAUCUGAAGUCUGAAAAUAGUAAAAAUGCACCGGUUGGGUCGUGAAAAAAUCUCCCAACAGUACGUUCCAUCCGAUGAAGAUUUUCCGAUAGUGUUUGAGAUUCAGAAAUACAACGGCCCGCGAAACCGGCGCUCGGAUCCGCACGGCGAGGGCAAAGCCAAGCUGGUCAACGGGUACCGCUACGAGGGCUUCUUCCGCAACGGCGUGCCCCACGGACGGGGUCGUCUAGCGUUGAACGAAGGCUUCCGGUACGAGGGGCGCUGGCGCAAGGGCCAGAAGCAUGGCAUGGGCCGGAUGUACUAUCCGGAUUGUUCCUGGUACGAGGGCGAAUUUAGGAAGGAUUUGCGACAUGGUUGUGGGGUUUAUCACUACCCGAAUGGGGCGUGUUACGAGGGGAACUGGUUCGGGGAUAAGCGUCAUGGGGUUGGGUUGUACAGUUAUGCCAGGGAAAAUAUAAAGCUGAGAGGAACCUGGGUUGAGGACGUCGCCAGGGGAGCUGCGGAAGUUCUGUUUGAGGGAUGUCGCUUUCAUGGCUAUUGGGAAGGUGAGCAGCCGAGAGGUCCGGGAUGCUUUACCUUUGAGACGGAUAUCAUGGUCAGGGGAAAGUUUUAUUGUGACGCGAAGGAAGGUGGUGAGGAGAAGACGCUGGUGUGGCAGCCGGAAGCCAUCGAAAAGUACGAGUACGCCAAGCUGCCGUUGGAACCAUUGCCGCUGCCGGUUGAGGAGUCGGACGUUUCUGCGACAAGUUCGUCUGAGGAAGAAGAGUGCGACUCGGUGGCGGAAAGUUUGGCUUCAACUAUUGUGAUUGGCGAUGAAUGAAAUCGAUUUCUCUUGAAUUUCUUCAGAAAAUCCUUAAGAAAUACAAUUAUGU